ACGGCUCGGUCUCUACCUCUAGUUCAACUUCCGAUCCCGAAUUGGUACUAGUUGGCACCCAGCACCGGUCGCCCUGUUCGGUUUCGGGCGUAGCCCGCGUGGUGCUAACCAUGGCAGCAGGCCGGGGUUUGGCCACUGUUUUUGCCCCUGUGACGGGAACUGAAAAGGAGAGAGGUGAACAUGUCAAAUCCUUUACACCAGAGAAAGCAAAAGAAAUUAUUAUGUCUUUACAACAUCCUGCUGUCUUCUGUAAGAUGGUUUUUGAUUGGCCAGCGCGGCACUGGACUGCUAAACACCUUUCUGAGGUCCUUCAUGGCAAGCAGAUACGAUUCAGGAUGGGGGUGAAAAGCUCAGACACAGUUCCUCAGUUUGAAACUGCAUGUAGUUAUGUAGAAGCAACACUUGAAGAGUUUCUGACCUGGAACUGUGAGCAGUCUAGUAUUUCUGGACCACUUAGAGAUUAUGAUCACUCCAAAUUCUGGGCAUAUGCUGACUAUAAAUAUUGUGUCAAUCUAUUUGAAGACAAGACAGAUAUUUUACAGGAUGUGAGGUGGUCAGAUUUCGGGUUUCCUGGAAGAAAUGGACGAGAAAGCACAUUGUGGAUUGGCUCUCUGGGGGCCCAUACACCCUGUCACCUGGACUCAUAUGGCUGCAAUUUAGUGUUCCAGGUACAAGGAAGGAAAAGAUGGCAUCUCUUUCCUCCUGAGGAUACUCCUCUCCUUUACCCAACUAGAAUCCCUUAUGAAGAAUCCAGUGUGUUCAGUAAAGUUAAUGUUGCCAAUCCUGAUUUAAAACGUUUUCCUCAAUUCCGGAAAGCCCGAAGACAUACUGUCACACUGUACCCAGGACAGGUCCUCUUUGUUCCCAGACACUGGUGGCAUUACGUAGAAUCCAUUGAUCCUGUCACUGUCAGUGUAAACUCGUGGAUUGAGCUGGAAGAGGACCACCUGGCCCGGGUGGAAGAAGCAAUCACCCGCAUGCUUGUGUGUGCCCUAAAAACUGCAGAGAAUCCCCAGAAUACCAGAGCCUGGUUAAACCCAACGGAGGGUGAAAAAACAUCUCAUGAAGUCAAUUGUCAAUACUUAAAUGGAGCUGUUUCUGCCUUCUUGGAUCAUUGCACAGCAUCUAAGAGGGCAGAAAUCCAAGUACCAAGAACAAAUAGGGAGUAUGUGAGAAAGCAAGAAUUAAAUAUGCACAACCCUGUGGAAGUGGAAGGAUCAGGUAGCCACUUUACCCUGGGAACAGCAGAACAGGAGGUAGCAGAUUGCUUUGGUCCUGACCUGGUUCCUGUAGUACCAAGUGCUGAAGAACUACCUUCAGAAAAAGAAGGCCUACUUGAAAGUGAUGGUAAAGACUUUGUUGGCCAAGAUGGAGAACAUUUUAGAAAAUUGCAUCUCAUCAAGAGGCAACGAAUGAUGAGCAAAAGUGAAGAUGCAGUGAUGGAACAAACUUCUUCAAAUAGCACGCCAGCCCCUUGUCAAACAUUCAUUUCCACAGAUGACUUGCUGGACUGUUUGGUGAACCCAAAAGUUACCAGGAUAGUGGCACAACUUUUGAUACAAGGAAGAAGUUUAUGAUUUUAAGGAAAAAGACUUCUUAAAUAGUAUCUUGAAAAACACUUUUUAUGUAAUGUGAUAAAAAAAAAAAGAUGAAAAAGCAAAGUUUCAGUCUUGCCUACAUUCUGUCAUGUUCUUCACUGUUUGGCCAACUGGCUCUUUGUUGUUUGUAGGCCUUCUUUCUUCAGAGCCUUUACCUUUCCCAUGCUAUCCUUUUCACCUAUUAAAUGUCAACCCCCAAGUGUUCUCAACAGAGGGUAAGGUUGCCAUCAACCUCAGGCACAGGUCUGUCUGCUGCUUGUUUUGGCUAAUAAAGUUUUAUUAGAACACAGCCCUGUCAGUUGUUUACUUGCUGUCUGUGGAGACCUUAGGUUUAUAGUGGGAGAGUAGUAACACAAACUUCAUAGCUA